AGUUUUGUUUCAAACAGUUUAUCACAGUACGUGGAUCCAAAAUAGAUACUUUAGUGAGAUUUUGUUGAGAGAGAUAGUGGGAGACAAACACUUCAUUUUAGAGAGAGAAAAACACUUCCAUUGAGACAGAGAGUUGCUACGCUAUUUUAGAGAGAGAGAGAGUUUUGCUAACGCUCAGGCUUGCAUAAAAUCUGUCCAUCGUAUACGUGAGGCCGCACAGCACGAAUUUCCCGCUAAAAUACCUUAGAGCAAAGUUGGUUGCCGCACUUCUAAAAAGCUCCAACUUAAUUUCUAAUCUCUCUCUCUCUAAAAAUUGUCUCGGCAUUCUCUCUCUAAAAUUGCUGGGGAUCUCAAGUCUCAUACCUCACCUUCGACAUUAUCACAAGGAGGUUGGAAAACUUUAUGGCCAUGGUUGACGAGCCACUAUAUCCAAUUGCUAUCUUGAUCGAUGAACUGAAAAAUGAAGAUCUUCAACUACGGUUGAACUCCAUCCGUAGGCUUUCAACAAUUGCACGGGCUCUUGGAGAGGAGAGAACCAGAAAGGAAUUGAUCCCAUUUUUGAGUGAGAACAAUGAUGACGAUGAUGAGGUACUGGUUGCAAUGGCAGAAGAGUUGGGGGUGUUUAUUCCUUAUGUGGGUGGGGUGGAGCAUGCUCAUGUUUUGCUUCCCCCUUUGGAAACACUGUGCACUGUAGAGGAAACUUUUGUGAGGGAGAAAUCUGUUGAAUCAUUAUGUCGAAUUGGGGUUCAAAUGAAGGAAAGCGAUCAGGUUGACUGGUUUAUUCCUCUAGUUAAGAGACUUGCAGCUGGUGAAUGGUUCACAGCGCGUGUUUCAGCUUGUGGUUUAUUCCAUAUUGCUUACCCAAGUGCCCCAGAGCAGUUGAAGGCAGAGCUAAGAUCAAUAUAUACCCAAUUAUGUCAAGAUGAUAUGCCUAUGGUUAGAAGGGCUGCUGCUACAAACUUGUCAAAGUUUGCUCCUACAGUUGAACCAAGUUAUCUGAAGACAGACAUCAUGACAAUUUUUGAAGAUCUCACACAUGAUGAUCAAGAUUCUGUAAGAUUGUUAGCGGUUGAAGGUUGUGCUGCCCUUGGAAAGCUGUUGGAACCACUGGACUGCAUAGCACACAUCCUCCCUGUCAUUGUUAAUUUCUCUCAAGAUAAGUCUUGGCGUGUUCGUUACAUGGUUGCCAAUCAAUUAUAUGAGCUCUGUGAAGCAGUUGGCCCAGAGUCCACGAGGGUAGAAUUAGUGCCGGCCUAUGUUCGGUUACUUCGAGACAACGAGGCAGAAGUUCGCAUUGCAGCUGCAGGAAAAGUAACCAAAUUUUGUAGGAUUUUGAAUCCCCAGCUCGCUAUUCAGCACAUUCUUCCUUGUGUGAAGGAACUAUCAUCGGAUUCCUCACAGCAUGUCCGUUCUGCUUUAGCUUCUGUUAUAAUGGGAAUGGCACCUAUUUUAGGAAAGGAUGCAACCAUUGAGCUACUUCUUCCAAUAUUUCUUUCUCUUCUAAAAGAUGAAUUCCCUGAUGUUCGCUUGAAUAUCAUUAGCAAGCUUGAUCAAGUUAAUCAGGUGAUUGGAAUUGAUCUUCUUUCCCAGUCGCUCUUGCCAGCCAUUGUUGAACUUGCAGAGGAUCGGCAUUGGAGGGUUCGCCUUGCAAUAAUUGAAUAUAUUCCUCUUUUGGCAAGUCAGUUGGGUGUAGGGUUCUUUGAUGAUAAGCUUGGUGCUCUUUGCAUGCAAUGGCUGGAAGAUCAGGUGUUCUCUAUACGUGAUGCUGCUGCAACUAACUUAAAGCGUCUUGCUGAAGAAUUUGGCCCUGAAUGGGCCAUGCAGCAUAUCAUCCCACAGGUUUUGGAGAAGAUAAACAGCACUCAUUAUUUGCAGCGUAUUACCAUUCUUCACACUAUUUAUCUUCUAGCACCUGUCUUGGGAUCAGAGAUCACAUCCCAAAGUCUCUUACCAGUGGUUGUUAAUACCACAAAAGACAGGGUACCCAAUGUUAAGUUUAAUGCAGCGAAGGUGUUGCGGUCUCUCAUUCCAAUUCUCGACCAAUCUGUGGUGGAGCAAAGAGUGCACCCCUGUUUGGUUGAUUUGUAUGAAGAUCCAGAUGUGGAUGUGAGGUUUUUCUCUGGUUUGGCUCUUGAGGUCUGUGAACAAGUGAAGCUUUCUUAAAUGGAGUGUCAUAAGUAUCUCUAUUGGAGAAGCAAAAAGGAAGAAGAAUAUUGUAACAGUUGGAAUUUUUAGCUCUAGGAAAUUUUAUUGUGGCAGGCAUAGGUUUUUUAAAAUUUUGUUCCAUUGAUUACAAUUGUUUCUUCUAUGUUCUUUUGGAGUGAAAUCCCUAUUUGGAGGUUCUUCAAAUAUGUAGCAAUGAGAUGUGAGGCCACGGUUUGGUUGGUAUGAUGCCUCUCUGUCUAUCUUCAAAAUUGUAGCAAUGAGGUUUGAGCCCACGGA